AAGCAACGGCGCGCGUUCAGUUCUUGGAGGCUGCGAGGGGUGUUUUUAUCCCUUGCCUUGGUCUGGCCUGGAUGGCGAUUGUCGUGAGGAGCCGAGGAUUUCUAUACAGCCUGAGCGGCUGCCCGAACCUAGUCUCGAGCUGCUUCGGCUGCAGGUUUUUGUCAUCCUCAGUCUCCGGGGGAUCUUCGCGUGGCGAAGACCCGGAGAGGCAGAGCGCGCCCUCGCCUCCCAAGAGAAAGGUUUCACGUUUUCAGCCACCUUCAGAUUCUUGCUGUGAUUGGAUUGGACCUCCUGAUCAGUAUUCAAACCUUCGACCAGUAAUAUUUUAUGUUCCUAAAGAUGAAACUCCAUUGGAAAGAAGACUGAGAGAACUUAGGCAGGAAACUCAGGCUUGGAAUCAAGAAUUCUGGGCAAAUCAAAAUUUAUCAUUUAGAAAGGAAAAAGAAGAAUUUGUUUGUUCUAGACUGAAAGCCAAAGGUAUACAGCCAAGAGAUGAAAAAGGUCAGAAAGCAUCAUUAACUGCAGAAGAGAUGGCUGAAUUUUACAAAGAUUUCCUAAGUAAAAACUUGGAAAAAAAUGUAUACUAUAAUAGGGAAUGGUACAAACGGAAUUUUACCAUCACAUUCCUCAUGGGACAAGUAGCAUUUGAAAAAGCAUGGAAGAAAUUUGGACUGAAAUGAAGUGCAAACUAACAGGCAGCAACAUUGGUUUUUUCAACCAAAGAUGAAAUGAUGAAUUGAAUUUCUGUCCUAAAUUACAUCAAAGCAUUCUGGUAUAUUUGUAUAUAGGAGCUUGUUUUUAUUUAUUUAUUUAUUUUGUUCAUUCAUAUACCAGAUGCUUCCAGCUGAUAGCAAUGGUUAAGAAAUAGAAGUAAUAUAUAAGACUGGUAAUUUGUUAAUACUGUUUCAACUAUAAAUAAUCCAAAUAAUUUAAUAUUUUCUAUGGAACUCUAUCACUCAUGAAGAUGCCAGCAUUAUACUGUAAUACGUGAAGACAAUACUGUAAUUGCAUCAUUUACAUCAUGAUUAACUCAAAGUUUAUAAUUUAGGAAUGAUCCUCCUAGUAGAGACUUUUGUUGCUGAGUAUGAAUUGCUUUGGCCUGCAUUACAUUAUUUAAAAAUUAGUGACCAAAAUAAGGGUCUACGAUGUGUACCAAACAUCUUGCUAAAUGGCUGAAGAGUGGAUGUUAACAACACAUGCUAUGAUGAGGCAUGGGGAACAUCUGAAGUGGACAGGUCCAAGGAUCUGAGAAGUAGACAUUCCAAACCUGCCCCACAAGACACACCUAAUGCCACCUUGCAACCUGCUUGGGCUGGUCCUAUGACAAGGAAUUAUCUGGCUGCAUAUGAAAUACUUGUACUUAAGAAGUAUUGGACCUGCAGCAUGGAUCCCAGGAAAAUAUAAAGAGGAUUGGGUUGACAGCACGAUCCAGAUGAUCUCUACCAACAGUGUCCAGUCCUUUCACCUUUUUAAUACAUCAUCAAUUGCUAAAUAAUUGAAAUAUUUUAAGAUGAUUUUGUAAUUAAUGCUUCAUUUAAUUAAAUGCAAACAACAUGUCUCCA